GGAUGGCGCGCGAAUGCCGCUUUCGGUUGCCGCUGGUCCGGCAUAAAUUGUUCCGAUCCGGGCGCACGAAGCUCAUUCGUGUCCCAACAUCGAGAUCAACACAACUGUUACACGGAGAAAAGAAAACGCCGGCGCUGCUUGAAGGAGAAGUUUCCCAACCCCUAGGAAGCAAACGACGCAGGUGCCGCGAUACCCAUUGGUUUGGCGCAAAAACAGGUUGUUGUAAAUCCAGCGUGUGCAUUCGUGUGCGUUAGUGUGACAUAAAAGUGAGAAAAAAGGAGGUGUUUUCCGAAUUUUCUAAGAAAAAUAAGCAAUAAUCGGCAGAAGGAUCGGCUAGAGAGACUAUAGAGAGCCUAGUUCGCUGAAGCUCUAAGCAAGGUUGCAACGGAAACGAUCCGUCAAACGAUCGGUGCUGGUAGUAGUUGCGGAGAUCGACUCAAACACCCGAAAGUGACAGUUCAAACAUGGCACACAAACUAAUAUCCUGCAGUGCCUUCGUGCUGGUGGCGCUCUUCGUGCUGAGUGCAGUGAACGUAUCGAGGCAAGCGUCACUUUCACUACGGGUUUUAUCACGCGGAGAGCGAUCCGUAUUCAACCAAACGCACAGCAAGACGUGCGAAGGCAACACACCGUGCGGUUGGGCUGUGUACGUCCCAUCAACAAGGGCGAUCGAUAACUUCAUGCAGAAUACAUGCGAUUGUGAGAAGCUGAAGCAGUGCGUCCGAACGGAUGACGAUGUAUCGAUCAGCGCGUACGUCUACCGCUGCCGGGAGCAUCCUUCCAAGGCGAAGUCGGUGCCCGUAUCCUGAUCAGCUCACCCGGACCGAUCCGGCCCCCUCCCUUACAACUUGUAUUGAAAUUCCACCGUGGCAGCAUUACUCCCCUGCAUUAAGUCCGGAGUGUGCAUACUAUGUAAUUACUGUAACACCUGUUAUCCACUAAACAUAUAACGAUUUAGAAAGGACAGCCAUCCCCCCCCCUCAACACACUAUAUAAUAUGCUGACAGCGUUUAGCGUACGUAAGAAUACAUCAAAAAUAAUAUUUUAACCGUAGCAGACGGCUCCUUUAUCCUGGUGCGCGCUGAGUGGCGCCCGUCCGGUUAAUGGUGUAAAAUAUUUAAAAAUUUAUUUAUAUUCGCUUACUUGUUUACUUGUUUCUAAACAAAAAAAAAACUUCGUUUCAUUGUUGCGUAUCUGAUAUGACCCGUGUGCUUUAUCUCUCUCUCUCUCUCUCUCUCUCUCUCUCUCUCUCUCUCUCUCUCUUUGUCCCUGUGCUUACUAAACACUAGUUUGAAGGAGGAUGGUUUUAAUAUUUUAUAUAAGCUAGAAGUAACACCUACAUAUGCUCAUUUGCGAUUCCCCAUUUCGGCAAACAAACUGUGGGGGAAAGAUGUGAAACCUACUGUUGGAGCUCUUCCCACGUCAACUAUCCUGUCUCUCACCGUCUCUCUCUCUCUCUCUCUCUCUCACUCUAAAUAUAUUAUAAGACGACGUCAUAUUGACGCUAUCUGCUCACGUUUCGGUUCGAUCCCGCGCGUUUUACUACCUUCACUCACCAUACACACCACUGAUACGGUCAAUGCUACAUUUACUACACCAAGCUCACAGCGUUCCCAAGAACGCUAGUGGUGGUCCAAUGGUUACUACACGGACGUUAAAUAAACCUUCCCAUAUCUUUGGAAAAGACUUGAUUAAGCUAAAUGUAUACUACGGUAGAAUGAGUGAGCCGCACCCAGCCGCAAAAGGUCGCAAGCAUCGCAACCGCUUUGGUGCACUAGGUGUAGGUGCUAGUUUGCACUAAGAAGCUUUUCCGGGUGACGUUUGGAAACGUCACUCAAGGCAAGGCACCCCCUGCGAAAAACAAAAAACCCAAAUGCCACCAUCCCUCCUAAUCCAUUUAUGCUCGCCUAGUUUUGUAAGGUUAAAUGUUAGCAGUUUAGGAGUGACAGGAAGUUUGUGUCUAUGAGAAAACGAAAUUUACAUCUAUUGUGUACAUGCUAGGAAUCUCCCGAAUUCCCGGGUUCCCUUCCGGAACCUGUUGGGACACCUGUUUUUUGUUUGUUUUUGUUUUUUUUUUAAUUUCUCGCGUACUUAAAGACGAUGCAAUAGGGCAGUUGCUACCAGAGUUGCAACGCUAGGUAAUGAUAAGCAUUCAAUCGGGACUCUGCUGCUCUGUAGGAAAGGCACGCGCAAAAAAAUACUACUACCGUACAUCAGAUCCACAUAUGCACACACAAUAGCCCCUAACGAACUGCUUCUCGAGAAGUAUGGACAGCCCUUUUUUUACAGUCAGUAUUCAACAAGCUUCAACUCAAAUUCCAACUCCAGUUCAGUUGCUACUCCACAUUAGUGCUUCGAUAAUACCCCGCCAAUAUUCGAUUACCUGCUCGGGGUAAUAUAAGAUCCACACAAACAGCAGCCACUAACGUGUAGGUUUCGAACGCUAUGCAAGAACAUUUAAAAAUGAUGAAAUAAAACACCUUAUCAGAAGCAGCUCAACAA